CUCGUUUUCAAACGCGUCCCAUUCAAGACCGAAUGGAUCGAGUACCCCAACAUCGCGAAGCGCAUGGAGGAACUCGGCGCCCCACCCGCCUCCACUGAUCCAAACGCCAUCCUGAAGUACACCCUGCCCGUCAUCUACGACCCCAACCAAAAUUGGCGCACUGGGACAGCCUCGGCGACGCAUGGCGCUGGCCUCCACCGCUCCAUCCAUUCUCAACGACGCGAGCUUGCC